GCGCGCUAUAUUGUUUGCAAGCGUGCACUACAAGGUGACCAGCUAUCGGAUUCGUUUGAAAAUUCAAUGUCAUUACAUUGUCGUGAUUGCUUGAUGUUUGAAUCUCGUCUGUAUAUUUGCCUUGAAAUCAUUAUACGUAAAAAUCAUCGAUGAUACGAACUUGGAAAAUUGCGUACACGAUCGUUUGUACCUGAACGAAAUCAUGUAUUUACGUUUAGACGACAAACAACAACAAUGAAUAGUCGUCGCGUUCGUUUUACGAUCGCCUGAUAGUAUUUGGAUAUUUUUACACUUUAUUGCACGAUUGUGAUACGAGAGAAUGAUACAACCGUUAUGACACACGAUAAAUGUGUUUUUUUAUUCCAAGUGAAAAAUGUCGAUCGAAAUCUUACUCGGUUUGACGAGUUGCAAGACUUAAAACACGCGAAGAAUCGAGACUGUUGAGAUUGUCGCAACAGGUAUUCGUGUAAACAUUAGAAUGGAGAGCAAUCCAAGAAGUGAUGAUUGCGAAAAUCAGGGAACAGGUACAUUGUCGAAGAAAGAUGAAACUCCUACCACGUCUCAAGCUGUACAAGGCUGUUCGGAUGCUAAGAUACCUACGGAUACCAAAAAUACUCAAGUUCGUGUUGUCAGAGGUACAAAGAAGGUGAAAUUAGAUGUUGGGGACAGUAAUAAUUCUGAAAAAAAAGAUUCUAAAGAUGAAGAAGCUAAUGCUGAGGUAAAGGUGAGAUCUCUCAAAAGAUCUUGCGAAUUAUGGUCCAUGGAAGAUAAGAAUACUUUCUUCAAAGCCUUGAACGAAUACGGGAAAGAUUUUGAUGCUCUGCAAAGUUUUUUCCUAUCUCAGGGAAAGAAGAAGGGUCUACCAGAUGUUAUGAUAAAGAAUAAGGAGCAGAUUAGGCAUUUUUAUUACAGAACCUGGUUAAAAAUUUCAAAACACUUAAAAUUUUCAGAAGACGUGAAGAAAACCUCUCAGGAGUUGUAUGGCCUAAUUAAUUACGGUGAACUCAGAAGAAAAUUACCACGAAUACACGAAAAAAUACAUUUGAAAUUGAAUGAACUAGUUUACUGGGGAUCCACGCAGGUCAGACUUAGAGGAAAAACUAUGCGAAUUAAAACACCUAUAUGUAGGGCACUGAGAAAACUGAAUCAAUUAGAAGAUUGGCAGGAAGAAAUCAAGUUACCGUCUCGGAUAACGAUAGAAUUAAGACCUCGUAACAACAUGGCGUGGUGGCAAGUACAAGCAUCCGCGAUGAAUCCGAGAGUACGCACUUUACUACCUAUACAGAGACGUUUGUCCAGUUUGCUAAUAUUUUUACAACAAAGAUGGAGGCCUGCGAAAUAUAACACAUCUUCUAAUACAGAGAAUAAUAUCGUUAAUGAAACAAAGGAUAUUCGGCUGUUACGAGUGGCACCUCCGGAUGGAUCUAAAAUCACUUUACCCAUGGUGAAUCUUGGAGAGUAUCUCACGAGUAACAGUGUCAGUUUAAAUUCCUAUGAAAAACGUCUGGGACUAAAAAGUUCCAGGCUAGACUUACUUGGAUCGGUGCAGUAUUUGAAAGGUGUUGGAAAGAAGGGGAUUAAGAAAAGUAAGGUGGAGAAAAAGGGUGCCAAUCAAUCCGAGGAUAAUUGUACGGUGCCGGACAAUAACAGCGAUGUCGAUGCGAUAGAAUCUGGCAGUAAUGUUUCAGAGAAACCAUCGGUUCUUAACAUUUCAGAGAAGUUAACAUUGGAACCACAGCCAACAGAACCUAAUAGGUUCCCAGGAAGGGAAACGGUUGAAAGAAUUCGAAAAGGAUGGAACAUCGAGGAAGCAAACACCAUCACCGUGGGAGACCUCUUUUUAAUGUUUGGUCGCGAGUCUAAAAUUACUCUAGAGUAUUGGUGGGAUUGGAACCCACGAGAACAACGUACCGAAGAGCCAGCAUCGAUCAGUUUACGGGACGAUAAUUUGUGCCUAACUUUACAAAAAUUAUUAUCGAUAGCCAAACACAGUUAUGGUUCAAAUAAAGUGUACGAUAAUACUUCCGGAAGUAACGAAACCGUAAUUUCAUCUCGUAUGCUAUCGACAAAGGAGUCGACCUUCAGAAGACCUCUUAUACCGCAAACUUAUCCUAAAAUCGGUACACCAGACGCUUUCAAAACACAGCUAGACAAAUUCAAGACGCGCUUCUGUAAACGAGGCAGAACCGUAAGGCAGAAAAGUCUUAUUGUGCAAAGGGUGUUACCAAUAAUAUCUGCAUCGAGUAGUCCAUCGGAAGAUUUACCACCUACCCCUCAAGAGACAAGCAAACCAAAUGAUUCUCCUUUCAAUAAUAACGAUCAACGAAAUGACAAACCGCCAUCGAUAAACAUAAGCGAGCCGCAAGAGAAAAGCUUUUUAAUCGAACUGAACGCGGCAAGGGAUUCGAAACCUACGAAUUCGAUCAUAACUAGUGCUACACAGAUUCUCAAAGAAGGAGAACAUCAGUGGCUGAAUAGCGAGGUAGCGGAUUUUUCUUUGAGCAGUUUUUUGGGUCAGCUCGAGUCACCUAUGAAAAUCUCACAAAGAAGUCAAAACGGAGAGCAUAUAGAAGAUAUUCGUCCAUCGUCCGACGUUGUGUCGCAUAUGCAGUGUCUCAUGGGGGAAAAUAGCGUAGAUUACAUGGCAAAAUUUGCGAAUCUCGCGUCGCAAAUUGCAUCGGAUGAUAAUAAGAAAUAAGAAUAGAAAUAAAUUAGUUAAAUUUUGUAUAGAUUUUAAUUGAGAUAUUUAACGAUCUUAUACUUUGUAAAUUCGGUCUAAAUAUUUAACCCUUUGAUAUUCCAUUUAUAGGUCGCAUGAAAUAACCAUUACGAAACCGCGUAUAUAUAAUAAAUGAAGAAUAAGUAGAAAUACAUUUUUCACGGUACACAACUCACGUGUACACACAAAGUAUCGUUACAUUAUUUCGUAUGAAACUCCGACACAAUUUCAUGCUUUUUCGUAAUUAACAAUUUAGAAAACACAGUAAUGUUUGUGAUAUUUUUUACGAUAUGUAUCAUAAAUUUAAGUUAUCGAUUUCGUAUAUUCAGCUAUCCAUGAAUAUUUAUAGAUAUUUAAUUUUACGUGUGCUACAAAGUAUUUAUAGGAACCAUCAGGUGAACGCGGGAGGGAAUGCAUUUGUAGGUGUUAUCUUUGUUCAACCACGAAGAUGACGCGGUGUCUGUGUGUGGAAUCACUUAGGUAAAUUCUCAUGUAUAACGACUGUAACUGUUGGAGUAUCAUAUAACUAAUUAUGCGCGUCGAGAGAGGUAAAAGUGAAUUCCCGAUUUCCGAUUUUCCUUCACGGGAAAACACUAGAAAUUCCAGUUUCUUGGUAACAGCGGUUAGCUACACUCGACUUGCAGCUAUGCAGACGUGUCAUUUUGAUUAUUGAUGAAUAUUUUACAAGUACUGUUUUUAGGAAGAAUUACAUUACGCUAUUGGAUUGCUUGAAAUGAUAAUUUUUUAUAUGAAAUUCAUGAUUGAAAAAAUUGCAGGCACGCGCGUGGAAUAGAAUAGGAACGAUAAUGAGCGGAACAUCCCGGGGAUACUCUUGUUCUUGGAAAUAGAACCUACGGUCUUUUCGACGGCACGUUGCGAAACAAACGUAAAUGAUUCAUAGCACCCGCGUCCACGUGAUCUUGUGCGCAGGCACCUAUCGUGUAUCUGUAUUUGCACAUGUGAUUUUCUUCGAUGCGAGCGCCUCCGAUUAACUGGUUUUGCUCGUUUUAUCGAUCGCAAAUGCUAAAUCACCGAGAAAACGUUUUCCUUUCUGAGGAGAAAUGUAAUGUUUCAGUUUCCUUACACGUAAACGUUAACGACAUCUUAAUUAUGUAUUCGAUAUCAUUCUCUUCAGUAACGUAACUAGGGGUGGUUCCCAACUUUAUAACAAACGUAUCAAUUCGAUACAUUUGCACACGUGUGCAAAGGUGAUUUGUCCAUGUUGUAAAUAAUUAAAAACUAUCUUUAAAGCAUAGUGGAUUGAAAGAGUUAGGUAAGAACACCAUAAAGUCAAAUUAACGGUGCUUACGCCAUUGAGUUUUUGCGAGUCGCAAUUUAAUUUCGACAGGUUUCUAUUCGAAGAUCUCUUCGACCGUCACUCGUGAACGAUCGUUUUGGUUAGGAACAGUUAGGGACUUUCGAUUCGCACGUUAAAAAAAUAAUCGUGAACCUGUUUGACAGUACGAAGUGACCUUUCCCGUUUCGAAACGCAUUCGAUUACGCAGACGUUCGAGUUACUACGCUGCACAGAUAAAAACUUUGCCGUAACGUGUCGUAAAAAAAAAACCACUCGUCGUUCUUAAUCUUCCUUGCUCCUGUCGUUCUUUCUGCGCAUAUUUCUGUCGAGGAACUCGAAAUUUCAUUGAUGCGCCUUUUGUUUACGCGAUAUCCAAUGUUUUGAAACAGUUUGCGUACAAUACUCGCGUAUACAUUUGUUAAAAAUAUUACUAAUCGAAAUGCAUCUCAUUACCAUCCCAAUCAUCGACAUAGUAUAGUAUGUACAGUGCAUGUAAUCUUAUAGUUCUCCAGUUACUCACGAUGAUAACGAAUAAUGUAUACUGUAAUUGAAACCAGAAGAGUUGAUAAAAAGAAUUUUAAUAUAU